CUUCCGUCAGAUCGGUCCAGACACACACAUUCAUACUGAGCAGUAAAAUGGCCGACCGUCAACCAACUGACUUUGCAGCGCUUUAAACAGAUUCCGCCUCUUUGGUUUACAUUAUCGUAUUUCAUAUUUAAAACCUAGCAUUACGGAAGGAGUGUUUUCAAAUCUAGCUAUUCGAUCUUGAUGGAGUAUUGUAUUUCACGUUGCCUCAAAACCCAGAAUUUCGCACUUAAGCACUUUAGCUGUAGCUAGGACACUAGCUGCAGCGUAUGUAAUUCCUGAGAAAGGAGCAUCAGGAAAGGGAACAGCAGUUCAUGGAAGACAAGAAAAGGAAAAAGGAAGACAAAAGGAAACGGGAAACCUCACAGAAGGUUGUAGAGCAAAAAAAUAAAGUGCCAGAAUUGACCAAGCCUCCAUCUGCACAGUCUCCUGCCACCUCCAACUCAGUUUCCCCCAGCCCUGGCCCCGUCCCCUCAUCAACCCCAUCCGCUGCCACCCCGGCUGCUAGUGCCCUCCCUCAGGGUGGGAACAAUGCUAAGCGGCCGGCGGUGGCCAACGGACAGCCCUCCCCCAGCACCCAGAACUCUCAGCGCUACAUGCCCCGUGAAGUGCCCCCUCGAUUCCGUUGCCAGCAGGACCAUAAAGUGCUACUGAAGAGGGGCCAGCCACCACUGUCCUCCAUGCUGCUGGGGGGAGGCAACAGCGGGGGAGAUAGCCCCAAUGAAUCAGUGGCUUCUGCCUCAGAUCCAAGCCAGGGCCCUGUGGGUCCAGCUGCUCCCUCACUGCCCCAUACGUCAUCCCCCUCAUCAAUCGCUGCUUCUACUUCAAAUUAUGCAAAUUCCAUGUGGGGGGCCAGCUCUGGCAGCCAGCCCCUCUCUCAGGGCAGGGAAAAGGUGAUAGUGGACCGGUCAGACCUAAAAGAAUGGCCCAGUAUUGCUGCUGGAGAUGGGUCGAAAUUGGGGGAUACAGCAGGUACUGGAGGUGCAGAUGGUAGCGGGAUUCUGAACUGCAGCGCCUCAUGGGGUGAGAGGCAUCCUCAGCAGCAAGCUAAAGUUGUGGGAGGAGGGAAUGGAGGCAGGAAAGGAGUUAAUUCUGACAGCCCCUCCCCACCCACAUCCUCCACUUCACCCAAUGAAUGUAUGCAGUCUGGUAGUGUUUGGGCUUCAUCCUCCCAUGAACUUAUAGGGGGAAGUGCAGUAGCAGCAGGAUCAUUGCCCCCCAUUUCCAAAGCUGCCCCUCUUGUAGGGAACUCUGAUGGCUCCCUUGGUGUUAGCUGCGGGAUUCCAGGUGCCAAUUUUACCCCUAAUGCCAAUCCCUCUGCUUGGCCAGCCCUGGUACAGGAUGGGGCUGGGGCAGUUGCAACAGAGGGGGGCUCCUCUUCUCUCCAAAGCUCAUCCUUGUCUGCCAGCAACCCUCUUUCUGUGAAUCAAACCUCUCAUCAGCACCAACUUCACCAAAUGCAAUCCAGAGACAGAGAGCCAUCCUGCGGUGAGUGGGGUGGCACAGCACUGGAACCAGGAGCAGGACCAAAAAACACAGGAGUGGCAGAGGGGGCUGAGAUGGACUCUGGAAGCACAGGUGGAGGGGAUGGCUCUGCUUCCUCAACCUCCUCCACCAGCUCGUCAUUGUGGAGAGCUCAGUCUUUCUCUGCAAACUCCAAAACUGGUGCCUCAAGGACUGAAUCUUGGGAGGAUGGAGCAGGGGGAAGCUCCAUAUCUGCUGAAGGAGGAAAUGCAUGGGGUUUCACUGGCAAGGAUGAGCGAGGUGAUUUGACAGGAGCAAGUGCAUGGGGAACAGGAAGUGGGAGUCAGACCUCCGGGGUAUCUCAGGGAGCAUGGGGUGGGGACCAUAAGUUGGUUGGGGAAUGGGGGACUUCAGGUGGAGUUGGGAGUGUCAGCAAUCAAGGUAGGGAAGAUAGAUCAAGCAGUAACAGCAGCAGCAGUGGUGGCAGUGUUGGCAACCCAACAACUUCCUCCUCCACACCUUCAACUAUGACAAGAGCUUGGGACAAUCAGAAAGGAGUUGGAGAUGUUGGGGCAGGAGAGUCCACCGAGUGGGGAGGUCAGGGUAGCAGAGGUGGGGGAGGUACAUCAUCUUCUAGUGGUGGAGGAAACUCUAGAAGUGGCAAUCAGCGCCAUGGCCAGCACCGUUUUCAUCAGCCUCCCAACCCUGAAGUGACCUUACAGAAUCUGCUUAGCCGGUCUGACCUGGAUCCUAAAGUGCUCUCCAACACUGGCUGGGGUCAGACACAAAUCCGUCAGAAUGUGGCUUGGGAUUUGGAGGGACGAGGACCAGCAGCACCAUCAGGUGGAGCUAAUUCCUCUUCUGCAAUGAUUGCACCUGCCCUUAGUCAACCAUACUCUACUGGUUCUACUGGUCCAUCUACAACUACUGAUCCAUCUUCCUCCACACUGCAAGGUGCACCUCUAAAUGCCAACUUGAACUCAAACUCCAUGCUUGGACCACCAGCUGUCUCACCUGGUGAAGGCUGGGACAACAACAGCAGCUCUUUGCACACCCGAGGCCCUCCACCCCCUGGUGUCAAUAUCCAAAACCUUGGCGUCUCACAAUCUGGAGGUGGAGGAGGUAAUUCAUCUGGUGGGCAGGGCAAGCCAUCUGGGGGCUGGGGAGGGUCAGAACUCCAAGGUAAAGGUUGGGACAACGAAGGACAUGAGUGGCGAGAUCGCAGAGCAGGGAGUGUAUCAGGUGGGUGGGGAGAUUUUCAAACACAGGGUACUCCAGCAAGUGGUUGGGGAGACAGUCAGGAAGAGAAAGGAUCAGAGAGUUGGAAAGAAAUGAGCAGGGGGGAUGCAGGCAAUUGGGGACAGAGAAGUAGUGACUGGGGAGAUAAUGAGGCCAAAUCAAGCAGUGGAGGUUGGGGAGAUGGGAAGGGGAGUGGAGUUACUAGUGGAGACCCAGAGGGAAGUACAUGGGGUAAUUGGGAUGAGGGAGCUCCUAGAGGGGCUUGGGGAGCUGGAGGUUCAAGAGUGAGUGGAGACAUGGGUGGCAAGUCUCACCAAGGUUGGGGUGGGAAAAUGCACCCUUCACAAAUGCCAAACAGCCAAUCAGCCUCACAGAAAGGCCCGGCACAACAGCAACAACAAUCACAGCCCCAGCAGUGUCAGUCACUGGACACAGGGGCCAUACAAGGGGGCUGGGGAAGACAAGGGGGUCCUUCAGCCCAGAACCAAAGUUCAGGUUGGACUUCAGGGCCCAUACCACAACUUUCCAGUGGUCCUGGAGAUAGCUCAGAGCCUAGUGGUUGGGAGGAGCCUUCUCCGCAGUCCAUUAGCAGGAAGAUGGAAAUAGAUGAUGGAACAUCUGCCUGGGGUGACCCCAGCAGCUACAGCAGCAAAGGUGUCAACUUGUGGGAUAAGAAUAGCGCCCCAUCUGGCCAGGCACAAUCAGCGUCCCAUCAGCAGGGGCCUCCAUCCAUGCAACAACAGCCGCCUGGAAGAGUGCCAACAGGCCCUGGGAAUAGAGACAUACCUCUUACACAUUCAUCUAGCAAGGGGCCAGGAAUGGCACAAUCUGGGUGGGGUAAUAGUGGCUCUCCUUCCAGUCCAUGUGUGGACAAUGGUACUGCAGCUUGGGGCAAGCCCACUGAAGCACCCACUGGUUGGGGUGAACCUGAAGACGCUGGCAAAGUGUCAAGUUGGGGAGACCCCUCCUCCAAUCCAGUGAAGUCUGGUUCAAAGUCUAUGCAAGAAGGUUGGGGUGAAGGAGAGGGUUCAGUCAGUGCUUCACGUCACUCCAGCUGGGAGGAAGAGGAUGAGAGUGGUGGUGUUUGGAACAGUGCUGGUUCCCAAGGCAGCAGCUCUUCCUACAAUUCUGGAGGCUGGGCAGCCAAGAAGGGCAACAAGGGUCCCAUGAAGGGUGCAGGAGACUCUUGGAUGAAUCCUAUGACAAGACAGUUCUCAAACAUGGGGAUUCUGGGAGAGGAUCCCAAUGGUCGUACCCUGGAUCUGGCCCCUGGUCCUCCACAGGAUAAAAAGAUGGAAGGAGAAAAGCGUGGCAUGGGUUUGAACGAGUACAAUGGAGAGAUGCGUAAAGUAGGACGUGGAGGGGGAGCAGGAGGAGUCUUCCGUUCACCUGGUUCCAAAGAGGUGGGGGCUUGUGAUCCUGGGCCUUACUAUGACAAGACAGGUGGUCAGUUGUUUGGUAGCGGAGGUGGGAUGGCACAAUCCAGGCACCAACCAGGGGUGCCACCCAUCAACCCAUCUGUACGAGCGCAAGUGCCUCAUCAGUUCCUGUCACCUCAGGUGCCAGGCUCUGUGCUGAAGCCUCCUCCCAGUGGAGGUGUGGGAGGUGUUGGGGGAGGCAUCUUUCCUCCACAGCUUUCUCCACAGCACAUUGCCAUGCUCAGCAGCAUCUACCCCCCUCAUAUUCAGUUCCAGCUGGCUUGUCAACUGCUACUGCAACAGCAACCGCAGCAACAACAACAACAGCAGCAGCAGCAGCAGCUACUCCAGAACCAGCGCAAGUUCCCUCCAAAUAUACGCCAACAACCAGACCCCCAUCAGCUUGCCAGAAUUAUGGCUGUUCUUCAGCAGCAGAGACAGCAACAACAGCAGGUGGGAAGUGCAGGGGGCAGCUCCAAACUCUCUCCUUCUCACCUUGGUGCAGGUGGGCCGAAGAUGCCCAUGUCGGACCCCUUGUCACAUCCUGGCUUAGCAGGCUCUGUAGUAGACAUGCAUCAAAAAACACAGGGCACUUAUUCUGGGUUCGGACCUGGUGUUGGCCUUUCUGGUCUUGAACUGGGUCCAAUGGUUGGCGGCCCACCUGGGCCUAAAGACAGUGGAGCCCAACAGUCUCGUUUUAAAUGGAUGAUGGAAGGUCACUCACCAGCCCCCUCCCCUCCAGAUAGCGCACUCCAUAAAAAUGGUCCUAUUGCUGCUCCUCUCAAAAUGGGAGGUGGUUCUCCAUAUUCCCAGUAUGAGAUGCUGGGAGGUGAUGGUUUGGGUGUGCCUCCACAAGGGCCAUCGGAUCACUGGCAUAGAAGUCCUGGAAACAAAAUGGGCACCAAGACUGGCACAUCCAGCUGGCCUCCAGAAUUUCAACCAGGAGUGCCUUGGAAAGGUAUUCCGAGUGUAGACCCAGAAUCUGAUCCCUACAUGACUCCUGGAAGUAUGCUGAGCUCAUCGAUGUCAAGCCUUAAUGACACAGAGCACCAAUUGCUAAGAGAUAACACAGAAUCAAAUCCCACCCUCAACACCUUGCUGCCUUCACCUGGUGCCUGGCCCUACAGUGCCUCAGAGAGCCCCCUCAACAAUGCACACAACCCAGCUAAGUACACAGACUACAAGCCCAGCUGGCCACCUGAGCCCAUAGGACACAACAAGCCUUGGAAGACCAAUCGGAACAGCUCGCAUCUGCCACGCCCACCUCCUGGACUGACCCAUCAGAAACAGCCCUCUGCGUCUCCCUGGACAGGAGGAGCCCCGCGAUUGGGUAGAGGGUGGGGAGGCUCAGGAGGCGGCCAGGAUACCAGAUUUGGCCCUGGUUCUGCGUGGAGUGAUGGAGGAGCCUCUAGAGGGAGCUGCUGGCUACUGUUAAGCAAUCUUACCCCUCAGAUCGAUGGCUCCACCUUACGGACAAUAUGUAUGCAGCACGGACCGUUGUUGACCUUUCACCUCGGUCUGACCCAAGGUAGUGCUCUGAUUCGCUACAGUACUCGCCAAGAAGCAGCCAAAGCCCAGAGCGCACUUCAUAUGUGCGUUUUAGGUAACACCACAAUCCUGGCCGAGUUUGUGAGCGAGGAGGAGGUUGCUCGUUAUUUUGCACAUUCCCAGGCUGGAGCUGGUGGAAGCAACAGCGGAGCGAGCGGAACCGGUGCCGCUGUCUCCGGGCCAGCGGGCGUUGCGGGGUCAUCGGGGGCGGGUGCAGUGGGUACCAUCAGCACUGGGAAUGCCGAGAGAGAACGGUCUGGAAGUUCGACAGCGGGAGGAAGUAACAACAGCAGCGGGACUGGGCCCUCGGGCUCCACCUGGCAGAGUUUGGACGGUACAGGCAGCUCCCCGGACCCAGCCUCUUCCCAGGGAGCAGGCUUAAGCAUUUUCGCUCAGUGGAGCAGCAAUGGUGUUGGCGGUAGUGUGGGCGGCAACGCGGGGAGCGUCGAUCCUGGCAGAGCGGGGUUGUGGGGCGGCAUGACCGCAGGGUAUACGGGCAGCAGUUUGUGGGGGUCUCCGGCUAUGGAAGAUCGGCACCAAUUGAGCAGCCCUGCAGCACUGUUACCUGGAGACCUGCUAGGGGGAGGGGCAGACUCUAUCUGACUAACGCAGACACUUACAGACAAAUAAACAUACAGCAAGGCACACAUACAUAACAGAUAUAUAAAUGUAACAGUUAUACUCCUAUAUUAUCACAAAAACAUGCAGGAAUAUAGGAACAUUUGUCACAAUACAGGCCUGCAUACUCCAGUAACUGGAUGGGAAUUGAAUGCGCAUAAAUAUUAAAGUAUACAUUUGCACCACCCAUGUAGACGAGAUUCAACGAUAAGCACUCAAACACUUAAUAAUCUCGUAUGUGCUGAAACUACAUGACGAAAUUUAGCAAGAUGCAUUAAAUAUAUAAACGAAACCAGUUACAAAUUGUUUUAUUCCAAACUCUGCUCCCCAUAAUCCAAGCUCCAUGACAAACCCCAUCCACGGGAACAUGGAGGAGCAGCGUGUGGAAUACAAAGGUUUAUGCGAGGAAGGCAGUACAGAGUUAGCAACCAAUAAACACACCCACACAUCCCAUUUCUUCCCCUAAAAUGAAGAUUUCUACAGCAAGACUUGAACAGGACGUGCAGACAGUUGGACUUUAAUACUGACUCAACUGGAUGAAUCCUAAACCUUGAGGUCAUAGAGAUCACACUCGCAUACUGAGACGCUCUCACUCAGGCAUGCACUGUAAAGGAGAAACCAGAGAAAAAAGGACAAAUAUAUGCAUCGUACAAGACUCGGCGUAGAGGACGAUACGUUGUUACAGCUCCAUUUUCAUGCAGACUUAAAAUUACUCAAAACACUGUUCUGAUGUCUGACAAACUGUAUCUCGUUGUCUUUUGUUUUAAAUGAUGGUGAAAUCCAGAUGUUUUUUUGUUUUUUUCCAAACGCUGACCUCGUUUUUUUCUUAAUCGAGUAUGUUGUCAUAAUGACGAUCACUUGGAUGUUACUUAGCUGUACAAGGUGCCCUUUCUGCCCGUGCGUGCAUGAGUGGAGUCCCCAGUAGAGGUGGUGAUGUUCAGUGUUCGCGAGGCAUUGAUGAAUGUGUGGCAGUUAGAGAUUAACAAACAUGGUGAAUUUACAAAGAUCAGUGCUGGAUGAGGAAGGCGAGCAAAUGUAUGAGUGACAGCUUAUUUCAGGUGUUUGAUGUGUCUAUGUGUGCAUGAUGCGUAUGCAAGCGUGGCUGCGCGUGUGUGUGUGUGUGUGUGAAGACAGCAAGUUCAAAAACAUUGGCACUAAUGAAUAUUUCUUAAGUUGUGGUUUUAGCAGCCUUUUUUGUUUUAUAUAUUGUCUGAAUUGCAAUAAUAAUAAUAAAGAAAAAAAGAUUUUUUUAGAAGAUGCAACCAACUGAAGGCAUUCAUACUGAAACACGGAACAUGCCAAACCUUAUUGUACCAAGCUGAGCUGGAUGGGUGUUUUAGCGACACUUAAAAAGUUACCAAUUGUUUAUUUUUGUUGUUGUGUACCAUUAUAAAUUAAGGCGGGCUUUAUCACUCGUGUUCAGGUUUUUUGUUUCUGAUUUUACAAAAGAAAUUAAUUUAAAAAAAAGAACAAGACAAUUAAUAAAGGUUGAAUUUAAUUUUGUUGUCAGUUGUGUGCAUUUUCAUUUAUUCGUUAUUAAAUUAACAAGCGUGUGGUCAUAAAUCUAAAGGGAUUUUAUUUUCACAGUUGGAAUAUACUAUUCUGCUGGACUGUUGUUAUUUAUAACCUUAUUUUCAAAGAUCAAUGACUUGACAUGCUGAUAAGGGCCUAAUAGUUUGAAGUAUCAUAUCAAUGUAGCUGUCAUCCACUGCCAAUGUUGAGCUUAGUUGAGAAAAUUGGCCUUAUGAAUGUUCUGCUCAUACAUUUCUUUUGCAAUGUUUUUCUAAAACGAAGAACCACAGGCAUUGUAUUUUAUUUAGUACUGACCUGAUAAACCUAUUUGGCAGAUUUACAUGCACUUUUGUUUACAUUAUAAAAUAAGUGCAGUAUUUAAUAUCCAAAGAGACCAGGUAAUAUGAACAGGGAAAUGUAAACAGCAGGAUCUAUUGUGUAUCAUUUAGAAAAUUUGCCUAGUGUAUUUGACAGUGGUUAUGCACACUUCAGAGCUCGAAUGUAAGAGCGGCUGAAUGGGGAAAAACUUGAUCGUAAUGGACAUGAGUUAUUUGUCUUUUGAAUAAAUGUUGUUUUCAUCUAU